AUGAAGUGUUCGGUAGAUGCUUGUGAUUGGGAUGGUGGAGCUGUUUUUUCUGUUGUUGAUCAAGGUGAACUUGCUUACUGUUGUAGUGAAUCGGAAUAUCUUGGUCGACUCCUCGAUCUCUACAUGUCUCAAGCACAUUACCACUGGCAAGAACCGGAUGUUCUUCUUUGGCUUGAAACCAAUGUGGAAAAGGUUCUUCAACUGGUAGAGCCAACUAUUGUCGACCCUGCUAAUCCUUCCGUCAAAAUUCAAAAUCCUUCACCGGAUAGACGUCUGAAGGCUUACUCUAAUAAACGAAAACGUCUCUACAAUGAGGUCCCAAGAAAUGUUCUCCGCCAUCUUUUCCUUCGAGAAUUGGACGAUGCACCUCCUAUUGUUCCUCCGGAGUUUGCCAACAAACAAAUCUAUCCUCUAGAUCCGUUUCCUCCCGCCGACGCUAUCAACACCUACGAUCCCGACGCUGAAAGUCGAAAUGGCCAAUCGACGGAGGGGGGAUUGGUGGGUUUUCUCAACAACUUCUUCGCCACCCUUUGGCCGUCUAUUCCCUCCGAGCAACAGGAUGUGAAUCACUUGAAUAACAUCUUGGCUCAAUUCGGACUGGCUGUUGCCGUAGAUGAAGGAGGUAGUACGGAAUCGGAAUCCGAGGAGGGGGAGCAUUCGAACUCUAAUUACCAAAAUGACUAUGAAUUCGACUAG